AGAGUCACGUGAGGGUGGGCGGUGGAGGGAGAGGCUGUCCUCGGCUGGCUCUUCGUCUCUAUGGUUGUCAGGGGUGGGCGGCUUCUACCCAGGACCUGCUAAAACUCCAGCCUGAACGGGAUGUUUCGUCUUAACUCAUUUUCUGCCUUGGCAGAACUGGCUGUGGGGUCUCACUGGUACCAUGCAGCGUCACAGCCUACUCAGACCAGGCGAAGACUAAUGGUGGUGGCUUUCCUGGGAGCGUCUGCAGUGACAGCAAGUACUGGUCUGUUGUGGAAGAGGGCUCAUGCAGAAUCUCCACCAUGUGUAAACAACUUAAAAACUGACAUUGGUGUUAAAGGGAAGAAUAAAGAUGAAGGGGAAGUUUGUAACCAUGAAAAAAAGGCUGCAGAUACUGGUCUUGAUUCUUAUUCAGAAGAAAAGAAGAAGAAACGUUCUGGAUUCAGAGACAGAAAAGUGAUGGAAUAUGAGAAUAGGAUUCGAGCCUACUCUACACCAGACAAAAUCUUCCGAUAUUUUGCCACCUUGAAAAUAAUCAAUGAGCCUGGUGAAACAGAAGUGUUUAUGACUCCACAAGAUUUUGUGCGAUCCAUAACACCCAAUGAAAAACAACCAGAACAUUUGGGCCUUGAUCAGUAUAUUAUAAAACGCUUUGAUGGAAAGGAUUUUUGGCAGACAGAGAAAAUUUCCCAGGAACGAGAAAAAUUUGCCGAUGAAGGCAGUAUAUUUUACACCCUUGGAGAAUGUGGGCUCAUAUCCUUUUCAGACUACAUUUUUCUUACAACGGUCCUUUCCACUCCGCAGAGAAAUUUUGAAAUUGCCUUCAAGAUGUUUGACCUGAAUGGAGAUGGAGAAGUAGACAUGGAGGAGUUUGAACAGGUUCAGAGCAUCAUUCGCUCCCAAACCAGUAUGGGUAUGCGUCAUAGAGAUCGUCCUACUACUGGCAACACCCUCAAGUCUGGCUUAUGUUCAGCCCUUACAACCUAUUUUUUUGGAGCUGAUCUCAAAGGAAAGCUGACAAUCAAAAACUUCCUCGAAUUUCAGCGUAAACUUCAGCAUGAUGUUUUAAAGCUGGAGUUUGAACGCCACGACCCUAUGGAUGGAAGGAUAACUGAGAGGCAGUUUGGUGGUAUGCUGCUGGCUUACAGUGGGGUGCAGUCCAAGAAGCUGACCGCCAUGCAGAAGCAACUCAAGAAGCACUUCAAAGAUGGAAAGGGUCUGACAUUUCAGGAGGUGGAGAACUUCUUUACUUUUCUAAAGAAUAUUAAUGAUGUGGACACUGCAUUGAGUUUUUACCAUAUGGCUGGAGCAUCUCUUGAUAAAGUGACCAUGCAGCAGGUGGCCAGGACCGUGGCCAAAGUGGAGCUGUCAGACCACGUGUGUGAUGUAGUGUUUGCGCUCUUUGACUGUGACGGCAAUGGGGAGCUGAGCAAUAAGGAAUUCGUCUCCAUCAUGAAGCAGAGGCUGAUGAGAGGCCUGGAGAAGCCCAAAGACAUGGGUUUCACCCGUCUCAUGCAGGCCAUGUGGAAAUGCGCACAGGAAACUACCUGGGACUUUGCUUUGCCCAAACAGUAACCUCAGACUACAGAGGGGAGCCCUGGAGCCCCUGGAGCAGAGCUCAGUGUAGCCCUUUCGUGCUGCUGCUUCCAACAGUAGUGCUGUCUUCUCCUGCGAGUGGCCUUCCAUGGCUCCCCCCAGCCCCAUGUUCUGCUAGGCUCUGACUUCCCAGUGAUCACACCCACUGGUUCUCAAAAACCCAGACUCGUUUUCAAAGCUCAGACCGUGACUCCUCCAUCAGCCUUCCCCAUGCAGCACCCUGUGGACAAAGAAUCCAAGGAGCGCUCCACACACCUGGCAGCCCUGAGAAACAGCCAGUCCUUCAGCCAUUUUUGCCAUGGAUUUACCCUAACAAGAACUUCCUUGCUCUUCCUCCUGCUGGUGUUUUUAAGCUGCAAGUUGGGAAAAGUCUCUGGCAGGCAAAAAGAAGUCUGUGAUGGAUGACAAUGACUUGGGCACCCUGAGCUGGCGGGAAGCCUGGGCCAGAGGAAGAUUCUGUCAGACACAGUGAUUCCGAGCUGAGGCCCGCUGCAGGAAGGCGAUGUGCUCAGUGGGAGCAGAUUCUGAAUGUAUAGCAGGUGCUCCACAGCCCUUCUUUUCUCUGGGCUCCCUAAGGGUCUGUGCUUAAGGAGCAGCAGCGAAGGAGCUCCUUUUCCCUGCUGCAAGUGCCAUCUCCUCUCCAGGACAGGCCUCUGAAGCCACAGCAUGGCUCACAGCCUGUCUGCCCUCUUCUUAAACACUCAUAAAAUAUCACUUUAACAGUUUGCAAUAAAGACCCCAAAGGCUCCUGUCUGCUUUA